UGAUGGCUCAGUCAAUCAUUUUAAAUAUUCUAAUAAUGCUACAAGUAUCGACACUUGUUUCAGAUAAUUAUUUGUGCUUGGGUAUUUAUUCAUGGUUUUACAUACUGAUCGAUGUACUUCCCGAGUAAAGGUAAAUGUCGGCUCUGGCGACAUACGAAGAUUUGGACGGUGCGUGUGCACAUGUGGCUUUGUGAGGGCUUAUCGUGCAGUGAAAUUAUUUGGCGCCGACCGUAAAGGCGGCGGAGCGGAUUACGGUAUGUAUAUCCAGUGCACACACACGAGCGUCAUCGGAGCAAUGUCUGGAAACCGCGUCCGUGUUUGAGAGUCGAACGUGUCCAUCUACAGAGCGCUCUUAUCGAAUGGAGUCGUGCGAGGGUGUGUAGUCGUUGGUGUGCCUGUUGAACGUCGUUCUCUUUUACGCAUUUGCUGAUUUCUCGUGACACAGCGAUAUCGCUUUGUGCUGCUGGCAAGCAGUAACCUUCCAACCUGCCUGUAAGAGUCAAGAACACGUUGAGUUGACGGUUUGUCAGGCUGUUGGUGAUGGUCAAAAUAAGGACAACUUCCAUUUGACUAAUCACGCUAAACGACAGUGUGUAAGUGGCGGCCUAGUGGCUGAUAGGGUGAAGUGGCCUCCGGCACAGUGGAACAGGAUACAACGAGUGACAGGACCCGGUUAAUCACAGGGACUUCAUUACCAUGGAUUCGCGGGGACGCAAAGUAAUCGUGUGUGACAACGGAACCGGUUUUGUUAAAUGCGGAUACGCAGGAUCGAAUUUUCCUGCGUUUACUUUUCCGAGCCUUGUUGGUCGGCCAAUUUUGCGUGCGUCGACAAAAGUUGGCGAAAUGGAGGUGAAAGAUCUGAUGAUCGGGGACGAAGCAUCGAAGCUUCGUUCAAUGCUGGAAGUAAAUUACCCAAUGGAGAACGGAAUGGUACGAAAUUGGGAGGAUAUGAUGCACGUGUGGGACUAUACAUUUGGCGAAACAAAAAUGAAUAUCAAUCCUAUGGAAUGCAAGAUCCUUUUAACCGAACCCCCGAUGAAUCCAUUAAAGAAUCGAGAGAAAAUGAUCGAGGUCAUGUUUGAACACUAUGGCUUUGAUGCUGCAUACAUUUCCAUUCAAGCUGUUUUAACACUCUACGCGCAGGGUCUAUAUACAGGCGUUGUGGUGGAUUCUGGAGACGGCGUAACGCACAUUUGCCCUGUAUUCGAAGGUUACGCGUUGCCUCAUCUCACGAAAAGGCUGGACAUUGCCGGCAGAGAUAUCACCCGUUACCUCAUCAAAUUAUUGUUGCUCAGAGGUUAUGUUUUCAACCAAUCAGCAGACUUCGAGACGGUCCGAAUGAUGAAAGAGAAACUCUGCUACGUCUCGUACAAUGUUGAGUUAGAACAGAAGCUUGCACUCGAAACAACGUUCCUUGUCGAACCCUAUACCCUUCCAGAUGGUAGACAAAUUAAAUUGGGCGCGGAACGUUUUGAGGCCCCGGAGGCACUUUUCCAGCCUCAUCUGGUCAAUGUUGAAGGACAAGGUAUCGCUGAGCUAGUGUUUAACACUAUCCAAAAUGCAGAUCUCGAUAUGCGAAUGGAGAUGUACAAACACAUCGUCCUCUCAGGCGGUUCUACAAUGUAUCCUGGACUACCGUCAAGACUUGAAAGGGAAAUCAAGCAGCUCUACCUUGAACGAGUACUUAAGGGCGAUGCGGAGAAACUGAAAAAAUUCAAAAUUCGGAUUGAGGACCCGCCAAGCCGGAAGGAUAUGGUCUUUAUCGGUGGAUCUGUGCUCGCCGAUGUUACUAAGAACAACGAGGAUUUUUGGAUCUCGCGAAAAGAGUUUAAGGAAAAAGGACCCAAGGUUCUUGACCGACUCGGUCAUAGGCCUUCGUAGUUGCUCACCGGCAAUUAUGCUACAAUAAGCGAAAUACAAUGGUGAACAAGAUUAUGAGCAAUCUGUAAAACGUAACAACGUGGGUAACCGAAAAAGGCAUGCUGGACGAAGCAGGCUCGAAGAGAUUCACAAGGCUACUACAGAUAAGGAUGAAAGGUCCAGAAGGGUCCAUAUUUACUCAUGUGUUUCUGACUCUAACAAGGGGAUGAGCAAAUGUGUCGGUCAUAUUUGUAUGUGCAAUGAAUAUAUGGUGAAACAAUGUAGUUUGUAACAAUGUAGAACAGACAAAGGGAACGGAACAAUGUGAGACGGAAGAAUAUGCUAAUUAAAAUAAUCUUUCUUUAUGGCAUAGACAUACUGGUGGAGCGGACUUGCGUAAAGCAGCGGUAACGGUAAAAAUUAAAUUUAUAGUAAUUUUUAACAACAACAGUAGUAGUCAUCGUUUUCGUUAUCGAUUAAUUCCAAAAAUAAAUUGAAGAAAAAGUGUAAAACUACGCAAAAUCUACCCUAUUAACAUUGUAAAAAUGGGGCUACAUGACAUAACGACUGAUAAUGAGGUAUUGUAGAUAGUAUAGUGUCGCGAGCCGCGGAUUUAUAAUGAUUAUGAUGAUUAUAGCAUUUUUCUGAGCUAAAAAUAACAGGUGAAGUAAAGCAAGCCAUACUAAACAUAAAAUAAUGCAUUAAUAAAAUUAAUAACAUAAGGAAAAAAUAAAGAUAUGGUCAUAGGUAAAAUAAAACCAAUGAACUGCCAAUCAACUGGAAUUUCAUUCAUUCCAUUUAUUAGUAAUUUAUAUUGUAAUAACUAUUUAGUAAUAAUAUCGUUAUCAUAUUUUAAGCUCCGAACGUUUUUAUUGUUGUGCAUAGCAUAAACUACGACUAUAAUGUGACUAGGAUAAUAUAAUGACGCAUUGUAUGAAGAUAUAGCAAAAAACGUAAAAAGCCGUCAAUAUAUCGUAUUAUAUACAUUUAGCACGAAAUACAAACAGAUCGUUACGUUUGUUGGUUCUUCUUGCGGUGAAAUGUUUUUAGAUCGUACCCACACAUUGACAGAGCAACACAUUGACUGAGUUGCAUUUGACUCCGUUUUUACUAACUCGUUUUAAUUUUUUUUUGUUUUUUUUAUGAAUUAAAAUACACGAGUCCAUGCUAUAUUAAGUCAUCAGUCAGUGGGAGUAAUACGAUGUGUUACCGAUAAUACAAAAACAAAAUCGCUAUUAGUAGUCAUCGAAUUCAAAUGUAUUUCGAAGUCACGUUAUGAUCCUUUCCAUACAUACACAGACACGGAUCAACACAUGCUCGCGUUCACACGCGCUCACAUACGCACGCACACACAUAUAUCGUCGAAAUUAAAUUCGUGUCAAUGUGUCUAUGCACUUGGUGAGCAAAAAAGAGUGUCCUGAAGAGCCAGGACCAUCGUACACUACUUCGUAACGAAUUUAUAGAGGCUGAGAUCACCCUGCUGUCAUUUCCAAUAAAGAUCUUUUAGAUGGUAGUUUUUCAACAACACGGAUAUAUAUUCUACACAGAUUGAGAUCGAGAGGGAGUAAAAAUAGAACAUAAGGCUUUGUAUUUACCGUCAAUUCAAAUCAAAACGUGGACCUUUUCCAAACAUAAUACUCGAGCUCAAAACGAAUUAGUCCAACUUUUUAUGGUAGAUUAAUUAGGAAAUGACAAUACUGGAACUGAGCGUGAGCAAAAAUCUGAAAAAUCAUAAUAAGUGUAAAAAAAAGACGCAGAAAAUAUGUAUAAUGUUAAUAAGCGAUUAUGUAUUGUGCAGACAUUAUUAUGAAUAGGAUGGAUAAUAAUGAACGCAACCUGCCUUCAACGUCUGCUUACGAAAUUCGCUUUGCAGUAUUCUGCGUACAAGUGGCAUAAUUGAUAACUCAUUGAUUAAAACUUAUAAUUACAUAUAUAGUUAUAAUGGGGAGCAAGUAAGCAAGCUAAAUCGCAAUCAGUAAUACCGAGUGGGAAAGGCAGUCUGUUUUUAAAAUAUUGAAAAAGGAAAUAGAGGGAAUAGAUGAAAUGCCAAUAGUCGCCCGAUGAGACCCGCAGCAACCCAAACGAUUUACGUCCUCACGUAAUAGCACAGCUAGCUGAAAAGAGUUUUAGAUCAAGAAAUUGAUGAUUUGAUACAAGAACUAAAUAGAAAUUGAUGUAAAUGUACCGCUGUCGAGUGCACACUUGAAAGCACACUAACAAGGUCUACAGUGUUAAAGGAACAGAGAAACAGAAAAUAAAAUUAUUCUAUAAGUUGUAUU